AUGUUUCCGCCCGCUGCUCUGCCUUUGCCAGGGGAGGUUCUUCUACUCACCGACGAACUCCCCGCCCCCGCGGAUUUUCUUCUUCACCGAUUCCUUGCUGCCCAUAUGAAGCGUUCUCCUCAGUCCUCAGCUCUCAUUCUCUCGGUAUCUCAAGAUCUCGGAUGGUGGAAAGGGGUCACCGCAAAAUCAAGCCUCAAUUAUGGCGCACUCGUCGACGCGCAGAGACUAUUGCUCAUAGAGGUAGUGCCUUCGAUCACCGCCGAUCCCACCGCAAGAGCGCCGUUCGAAGACCUUUUCCUUCGUAUUCGAGCUGCAUUAUCUACCUCAAGUGAUGACGGAAACAAUCCAUGUCUCGUCAUCUUGGACGAUGUUUCGGCACUGGAGUGGAUCGGCCUCUCAGUUGACAAGAUUGCCAAUUUUCUCCGGGCACUGUCUUCGCUAUGUAGACGGGCUGCAGCGACGCUGAUCAUCCGCCAUCAUAUCAUCACCCCGGGAGAACCGGAUGAUGUCCUCAGGAGGCUCGUGCAGCUCUGCGAUUCGCGCCUCGACGUCUUUCCGCUGUCGAGCGGGAAAAGCGGCUCUGUCAGCGGUCAGGUCGCAUUGCAUCGCGGGCCAGCUGUCGGGGAUGCCAUGCAUGCGACAGUAGCCCGUGAUGCAGCUGUUCAUUAUCGACUGGUCGAUGGAGGCGCUGUCUUCUUCGACAGAGGGACAGGCAGCGGUGUGUUGUGA